UCCUUCGACGGCCGCCAGUUCGACUUCCAGGGCACCUGUAACUACGUGCUGGCAGCAGCUGGCUGCCCGGGGGUCAGCACGCAGGGCCUGACACCCUUCACCGUCACCACCAAGAACGAGAACCGGGGCAACCCUGCUGUGUCCUACGUGAGACUCGUCACCGUGGCUGCGCUGGGCACCAACGUCUCUAUCCACAAGGGCGAGAUCGGCAAAGUCCGGGUGAAUGACUGUGCUGACAGCGUUGCCCGUCUCCGUGGCUGACGGGCGCAUUUCGGUGACCCACGGUGCAUCCAAGGCAUUGCUGGUGACCGACUUUGGGCUGCAAGUCAGCUAUGACUGGAACUGGCGGGUAGAUGUGACGCUGCCCAGCAGCUAUCAUGGCGCGGUGUGCGGGCUCUGCGGUAACAUGGACCGCAACCCCAACAACGACCAGGUCUUCCCCAAUGGCACCCUGGCUCCCUCCAUACCCGUCUGGGGCGGCAGCUGGCGAGCCCCAGGCUGGGACCCACUGUGUUGGGACGAAUGUCAGGGGUCCUGCCCAACGUGCCCCCAGGACAAGCUGGAGCAGUACGAGGGCCCCGGCUUCUGCGGACCCCUGGCCCCUGGCACAGGGGGCCCCUUUACCACAUGCCACGCUCAUGUGCCACCUGAGAGCUUCUUCAAGGGCUGCGUUCUGGACGUCUGCAUGGGCGGCGGGUCCCACGACAUUCUCUGCCAGGCGCUGGCUUCCUAUGCGGCCGCCUGCCAGGCCGCUGGGAUUGUCAUUGAAGACUGGCGGGCACAGGUUGGCUGUGAGAUCACCUGCCCAGAAAACAGCCACUACGAGUUCUGUGGCCCACCCUGCCCGGCCAGCUGCCCAUCCCCUGCGCCCCCCACCACCCCAGCCGUAUGCCAGGGCCCCUGUGUGGAGGGCUGCCAGUGCAACGCAGGGUUUGUGCUAAGUGCCGACCGCUGUGUUCCCCUAAGCGACGGCUGCGGCUGCUGGGCCAAUGGCACCUACCACGAGGCGGGCACUGAGUUUUGGGCUGACGGCACCUGCUCUGAGAGGUGCCGCUGCGGACCUGGGGGCGGCUCCCUGGUCUGCACUCCUGCCAGCUGCGGGCUGGGUGAAGCGUGUGCCCUCCUGCCAUCAGGCCAGCACGGCUGCCAGCCGGUCAGCACAGCUGAGUGCCAGGCCUGGGGUGACCCCCAUUAUGUCACUCUGGAUGGGCACCGAUUCGAUUUCCAAGGCACGUGCGAGUACCUGCUGAGUGCACCCUGCCACGCACUACCCACGGGGGCUGAGAACUUCACUGUCACUGUAGCCAACGAGCACCGGGGCAGCCAGGCUGUCAGCUACACCCGCAGCGUCACCCUGCACAUCUACAACCAUAGCCUGACACUGAGUGCCCGCUGGCCCCGGCAGUUACAGGUGGACGGCGAGUUCGUGGCGCUGCCCUUCCAGCUGGACUCGCUCCUGCAGGCACACCUGAGCGGCGCCGACGUGGUGGUGACCGCGACCUCAGGGCUCUCGCUGGCUUUCGACGGGAACAGCUUCGUGCGCCUGCGCGUGCCGGCGGCGUACGCGGGCUCCCUCUGUGGCCUGUGCGGGAACUACAACCAGAACCCCGCAGACGACCUGAAGGCGGUGGGCGGGAACCCGGCCGGGUGGCAGGUGGGCGGCGCCCCGGGCUGCGGGGAAUGUGUGUCAGGGCCUUGCCCGCAGCCUUGCACGCCGGAGCAGCAGGAGGCCUUCGGCGGCCCGGACGCCUGCGGCGUGAUCUCCGCCACCGACGGCCCGCUGGCGCCCUGCCACGGCCUCGUGCCGCCCGCGCAAUACUUCCAGGGCUGCUUGCUGGACGCCUGCCAAGCUCAGGGCCAUCCUGGGGGCCUCUGUCCUGCAGUGGCCGCCUACGUGGCAGCCUGUCAGGCGGCUGGGGCCCAGCUCGACGAGUGGAGGCGGCCCGACUUCUGUCCCUUCCAGUGCCCUGCGCACAGCCACUACGAAGCUCUGCGGUGACUCCUGCCCCGUGAGCUGCCCGAGCCUCUCGGCACCCGAGGGCUGCGAGUCGGCCUGCCGUGAAGGCUGUGUCUGCGAUGCCGGCUUCGUGCUCAGCGGUGACAGCUGCGUACCCGUGGGCCAGUGUGGCUGCCUCCACGAUGGCCGCUACUACCCGCUGGGCCAGACCUUCUACCCGGGCCCCGG